AUGUCAGGCGGUGUGGACUCCUCUGUCAUCGCAUUGCUCCUCUCCGAUCUUUUUCACACCCUGCAAGGAGAGCUCACACUAUACCCUGUGUACAUGCGCAACUGGUCUACCCUCGAAGAGUCAGACAAAUUCGAGCCCGGCUCAGGCGGAGCAGCAGGGUGCGAGUGGCAGCAGGAGUGGGAAGGUGUGCAAGGCGUCUGUCGCCAUCUCAAGCUGCCUGAACCAAGAUUGAUCGAUCUCAGCAAGGAGUACUGGAGGGACGUCUUUGCUCCGUCGUUGGACGAUUGGGCCGCAGGACUCACGCCCAACCCGGAUGUGCUGUGCAAUCGGGAGAUCAAGUUCGGAGCGCUACUGGAUCGACUCAUCCCACCUAGCACAAGGGAUGCGCAGAGGAUCACUCCUCAAGGUCCGAAGAGCUGGCUUGCAACAGGUCACUAUGCCCGACUGGUCUACCCGUCUUCAGCAGCCACCAGCGGACAAGUCACAGAGCCUGAGCUGCAUCGCGCCUCGCACCGUUUCAAAGACCAAAGCUACUUUCUCUCCUCUGUUCCUGCUACCAGCUUCGCCCACGCUCUAUUUCCCUUGGCCAAUAUCGAAAAGGAUCAAGUCAGGAGAUUGGCAAAGGCUUAUGCAUUGCCCACGGCGGAGAAGAAGGAGAGCAUGGGACUGUGCUUUGUUGGCAAGCGAGGCAAAGGACAGGAGAAGCGGAGCGAGAACAAACGGUUCGAAGGUGAAGCUGGAGAAGUAGCUGCUCUGACCUCGACCUCCAAACCAAGUCUUUCCCACGCCGGGAGCGAUACAAGAAGGGGCGCGGCGCCGACUUUUGGCAGCUGGCUCUCCUCGUACCUCUCGCCCUCAUCACCCUACACCUCCCCAGGACCCUUUGUCACUCUCGCAGGAGACGUCCUGGGGCAUCAUCAAGGGCUCCAUACUCUCACCAUUGGGCAGAGGGCUCGCCUGCCCGGUCUGUUGCAGAAGUGGUUCGUAGCGCGCAAGGAGGUGGGAGAGAUAGGCGAUGUUGCGCAGGUGCAGAGAGCUCCAGGAGGAGGACAAGAGGGUAGAGCGAUCGUUGUGCCAGGCGCCGAUCAUCCGCUGCUGCUCUGCACGGCCGUCGAGCUUCCUCUAUCCACUUUCAAGUGGGUCGCUCACGGAGGGCCUCCUGCCGAGCUCUUUGCACAGUCUCCAGGCGAGGACGGUCCAGGCAUGAAGCUACUAGCGCAGGUGCGCCACCGAACCGAAGAGACACCUUGCCAGGUCACCCUUAGGAGUAGCCCAGGCGACCCUUCUAGCGAAGGCAUGCUCCACGUCUCCUUUGCCGCCUCUCUCUCAGCUCCAUUCGAGUCUCCUUCUCCGGACGGCCAGGCGACAGCGACCUCACACUCGCCCUCAGCCUCGCCCUUACCCGGUCAAGCUCCCAAUGUGCCGGGCCUAAGCCGCGAUCCGGCUAUGAAGCCCAGUGCCAUCUGCCCCGGCCAGGUGCUGGCACUGUAUGACGGGAACAGAUGUCUGGGCAGCGCAGUCAUCCCUGCUGGAGCUGUGAGACUCUUGGGCGAACAGGUGUGA